UUUAGCAAACAAUGUGUUUAAUUGAAAAAGGCACGUGAGACCACGUGAGUACAUGUUUUGGUUUCUUCUUCAUCGGUCCGAUCAGAGUGAGAAUUCGCCGGUCAGAGAAAAAUGGCGUCUGCGAUUUCUCUCCCUCUUGUGAACGGAGCAACGCCUUUGAAAUCGAAUCCGUCGCUCCAAAAAUCUAUGCUCACUCCACUCCAUCUUCGAACUAUCUCUUGUUCUAGGCUUUCUUACUCUUCCUCGAGUCGCGAAAUUUCUCUCAAAACUCAAUCUACUGUUCCUAUUUCGUGUAGGCGUAGGUUUGACUUAGUUCCUCGUUGCGGCAUUUCAUCUAACGAUUUUCCUACUGAGAAAAAGAAGAGCUUUGGCGAGUGGGUUGAGUUUGUAGGAGAGGCGGUUUCGACGGCGUUUCCGAUAUGGGUUUCUCUUGGAUGCUUGUUGGGACUGAUGAGACCAAGUACUUUCAAUUGGGUCACUCCAAAUUGGACCAUUGCAGGUCUUACGAUCACGAUGCUUGGAAUGGGAAUGACUUUGACCUUUGACGAUCUUCGUGGCGCUUUCUCGAUGCCCAAGGAGCUCUUCGCUGGCUUUGUGUUGCAAUACUCGAUAAUGCCACUAUCAGCAUUUUUUGUGAGUAAACUCUUAAAUUUGCCACCACAUUACGCUGCCGGUCUCAUAUUGGUUGGUUGCUGUCCAGGCGGUACGGCAAGUAAUAUUGUCACAUACAUUGCACGUGGAAAUGUUGCGCUAUCAGUGUUGAUGACAGCAGCUAGCACUGUUUCAGCUGUGAUUAUGACACCGCUUCUUACGGCGAAGCUUGCCAAGCAAUAUAUCACAGUAGAUGCUCUUGGAUUACUAAUGUCAACUCUACAGGUGGUUCUUCUCCCAGUGUUGGCUGGUGCAUUUCUGAACCAAUACUUUCAAAAGCUGGUGAAAUUUGUUUCUCCUGUGAUGCCUCCAAUUGCGGUUGGAACCGUUGCAAUUCUGUGUGGGUAUGCUAUCGGUCAGAACGCAUCUGCAAUACUCAUGUCUGGGAAACAAGUAGUCCUUGCUUCAUGUCUUCUUCACAUAUCUGGAUUUCUCUUUGGGUAUCUGUUUUCAAGAUUACUCGGAAUUGAUGUGGCAUCAUCGAGAACUAUCUCUAUCGAAGUUGGCAUGCAGAACUCGGUACUUGGAGUUGUUCUUGCGACACAGCAUUUUGGGAAUCCGCUCACUGCAGUACCGUGCGCUGUUUCUAGCGUCUGUCACUCAAUCCUCGGUAGUGCCUUGGCUGGAAUAUGGAGACGUAGUGCCCCAAAACAGCUUGAAGACUGAAAAGAAAGCAAAGGAAAGUUCAUGAAAAGUCUCUCACUGUUACUCAAACUGGACAUUUUUCAGGACCAUUUAGUUAAGUUUGUUGAACAAAUGAACAAAGGGUUAUGUCUUGUAAAGCUUUGGAAGAAAUUAUCUUGUUUUCU